CUAAGAUUGGCACUUACUACGUGAAAAUCUGAUUAUUAGAACGAAAGUUAAUCUAGGUGGUAUCUUUUUUUUUUUGCCGACUCUAAAUAUAUAUACAACUGAGGAGAUAGGGAAGGGUAGGAGAUAUUUUAAUUAACUUAACUUUAAUUAAAAUUUUGAGUUAAUAAAGAUUGAGUUGAUUAAGAUUAGUUAGUGCUGACGUCAUAGGUCACAAGCAUAGGUAUUGUGUGUCUUCUUCUUCUUUUAGUGCAAGUGCCCGAUUAUUAGCUGUGGAGCCAACAAUAUAAAUGUAUCAAUAGAGACUUAUAUUCUAAUUUUGAUGUCUGUUUUUCAGAAGAAAUAGAUAAUCGGAAAUGCAAAGGAUAAAUGUAAAUAGAAACCGAUUGUAGUCACCCAAAUAUCUGUAUUUAUUAUUUGUGUUUAAAAGAAGAAUCGUCUUUUGAAGAUCUAUCAUUUCAAGAUAUUUUUACGAUCACAAAAGGAACCAUGUCUGUAGAUUACUUUGAAUAUGCCCGAAAUUCUUUUGUUGAGGCUUCACCUUUUCUACUUAUUUCUGAUCCGAAUAUAAAAUCCGCUGAAGAAAGUUCUAUUGAGUGGACUUGGGAUGUUAAAAGUGGGAAUGAUUUUGUAAACACUUUAAAUAAUGAUAGAGAUGUGACAUUUCAUAGAAAACACAGCAGUGGGACUGCGCUUGUGAGAGGAAGUAAGCCUAUGUCUCAUGGUCAACAUUUCUGGGAGAUUCAAAUGAUAUCUCCUGUUUAUGGAACAGAUAUGAUGGUUGGAAUUGGAACAGCAGAAGCUGAUAUGUCUCAGUUGCAAAAUACGUACAUUAGUAGAUUAGGAAAAGAUAGUGAUACUUGGGGUUUUUCGUAUACUGGAUCUUUUUAUCAUAAUGGAGAAGAACGCACUAUAUCUACUACUUUUGACCAGGGCAGCAUUAUUGGUCUUCAUCUUGAUCUGUGGAAUGGAACAUUGUCUUUCUAUAAAAAUCGCAAACAUCUUGGCGUUGCAAGUAGAGGUUUAAAUGGGAAGACACUUUACGCCAUGGCAUCGUCCACAGCUGCCUGCAGCAGUAUGAGAUUACUUAAAAGUUGUUCGUUUCCAUCUUGCCUUCAAUUUCUGUGUUGUGUGAGGCUGAGGGAUCUGAUUCCUGAUGAGAAGUGUGUUUUGAAUGAACUUGAUAUCCCACCUGGUCUAAAACUAUUUUUAGAAAAAAAUUUGAGCUGGCUUCUGAGUCCCAGGUGUGUUGAAAGGCAUCCCCGUAAAGACCAAAAGACAGUAACUACCCCCGAACAACAUUCAAGUGGAAGGAACUUCAUUAUUGUUGGUAGUAGAGGAAUACCUUAUGCUUGUAAUCAUUUACAACAGAAAGUGACAGUAAACAUGGAAUCCUGCCCAAAGUCUAAUGAGGAUGAUCUAAGUGAAAGUGGGUGUAAACGUCCUAGGUAUUCUUCCAAUUAUGUUGUAGGAUUAUCUUCUGACCCUGAUAGUGAAUCUGAAAUGUAAUCUAUUGUUUUUAAACACCAUUUAUUGCAACAUGUUCCAUUUACUUUUAACCUUUUUAAUUUGUGAUAAGCCUUAAUGGUGCAUACAGUGUGAUGUUUUUUCUCUUCUUAAUGAACACAUAAAACUAUUUCAUAUCUGC